CAAUGCUGAAAAAAAAUAUAUAUAUAUAUAUAUAUAUAUAUAUAUAUAUAUAUAUAAAGUUGUAUUAAUUGGUCGUAACUCGAUCAUUUUUCACUUCAAUUUUCCAGCUCCCAUUAACGUUUGCUUACAAUGUCUACGCCUGGGGAAUACUAUCGAUCUCUGCCGCCGGUGAGCAAGACGUAUGGAGUGGGAUGUUUUAUGUUUGCAGCUGCCUUGUACUUCCAGCUUUAUAAUCCUUGGAACAUAGCCCUUGAUUAUGGCCUUGUCAUAAAACGUUUCCAGGUUUGGAGGCUUGUUACCAAUUUCUUCUUCCUCGGACCCUUUUCCUUCCCGUUUGCUUGCGAUCUUAUACUGAUAGCAAGAUAUGGUGUUGCAUUGGAGAGAGGACCGUUUGACAAGAGAACGGCAGACUUUAUGUGGAUGCUUAUGUUUGGAGCUCUCUCACUUUUGGCUAUGGCUGCAGUUCCAUAUUUAUGGUCUCCGUUUAUGGGAACUUCUGUGGUUUUCAUGAUCGUCUAUGUAUGGUCUCGUGAGUUCCCAAAUUCACGUGUCAACAUAGCUGGUGUUGUGACCUUUAAGGGGUUCUAUCUUCCUUACGCACUGCUGACUCUGGAUUUGAUGUUUGGAGUUCCCUUGAAGCCAGAUAUUAUGGGGAUGGUUGCAGGUCAUCUCUAUUACUUUUUAACUGUGCUUCAUCCUCUUUCUGGUGGAAAAUUCACUCUCAAGACUCCUCUCUGGGUACACAAAUUAGUAGCCUUCUGGGGUCAGGGAAUCCAAGUCAAUUCCCCAGUGGAGCGCAAUCCACAAGCCGGAGUUGCAUUCCGAGGAAGAAGCUUUCGACUCAACGGGAGUACUGGAACAAGCAGCCCAGUGCAGCCACAAACAAGCAGCGGGACUACUACCACCACACAGCAGGCUGAUGGAGUUGCUUUCCGUGGGACAGGCCGGCGCCUCAACGAUCCUUAAGUAGCUAGUUCGCUAUGAUCAGUCAUCAGAUACCGUUAUUACAAGAGGUUUGUGGUUGAGACACAGCAGUGGGUAUGCUAGAGCAUUCCAUUUGGUAGACAAUGGUGCAGAUUUCUUAUGGACAAGUAGAAAUGUAGCAAAUUGUCAUAAUUUUACAGUGGUUCAGAAUAUUAUUGCCUAUAUUUCUUCA